AUGCUAUCGCAGCCGAUCCGAGCACCAAGCGACGUCGCGCUCUCCCUGGUCAACUCGACGAGCGUUUGCGUUCAGGACUUCGCGAGCCGCUUUCAGCCGAUGCCGCCACCCGCGGCCUGCAGGUUUGUCCCACCAGCACACCAGUACGGGCCGAAGAGAUGGCUCUUUGGGCAAGACAACGCACCCGUCGGCGGUCUGGCGCCCAGCUCGCGUGCGCGUAUGCUCGCUGUCGUUGCAGUCUCUGGAGGCUGCGCCGCGGCUCCCGAGCGGCGCGUGACCCGUGCCAGUUUUGGUAAGGUUUUGCGCACCCUCUCAACUGACUCCCUGAGGCAGGGUGGCGCGGGUGCGGGGUGGCUCGGCAGCUCGGCGGGAGGCCUCCGACCCGGCUACCUUGUGCUGUUGAAGUUGCUGCAGGAGACGCCGAUGACGAUGGCGCUGUCCUCGCGGCUGACCAGCGUCCGGGCUCGCUGGCGCGCCGCCCGGGAUAGCACUGACAGUCUGCCGGCGCAGCGGGCGCAUUCUAAUGCGCCCGCCGCGCCGGCAGACUGUUGGACGGCCACAGUCGCGAAAGCGCGCCGCGCCAUGAGCGGCGACCGUGGUGAGAACGCGAUGUGCCACUUGCUCUCACUUAGCAGCUAA